UCAAAAGUGUGAUGGACGAGAUGCGACAUUCAGAUUCAUGAUUUCAAAGAUGAAUGUGAAUCUCAAAUCGUGAUUGCACUCAGACUCCAUCAUCCCAUAGCCAUCAAUCACGAAUCUGAACGAAGUAGGAGCGACAACCAGCAGUCGAGGCGCAGGAAACAUUAGCAGCCACGACUGCGGGGCUCGCUCUUCAUUUUCGCGCUUCGAGCUCUCUCCUUCCGCCGACAUCGACAUCUCAUCGCGUUGGUCUUCCUUUCGCCACCAGACAAUACAAGGAUGACUUCAAAUGCAAAUGUGUCGACGGGGGAGAUGUUUGGCGUGGGGUCGGUAGCUGCCAUGACGGCAGUGCUCUUCUCAAACCCGUCCGAGGUGGUCAAGACGCGAAUGCAGCUGCAAGGAGAGCUGCUAGCUAAGACAGCACCAGGUCAAGCAGCGCCACCCAGGUUGUUCAGCGGUGCGCUGGACUGUUUCGCAAAGACGCUGAGACUGGAGGGGGUCAGAGGAGUGCAGAGAGGACUGACAUCAGCGCUGGGAUAUCAAGUCUGCUUGAACGGCUCCCGAUUGGGUUUCUACGAACCUUUUCGAAAGGCGUACAAUGCUGCGCUCGGCAAGGAUGCCAGCGAGAUGCAUGCGCUGGCUGCUCUUGCUGCUGGAGCUUCUUCGGGCAUCGUUGGAGCAAUCCUGGGCAAUCCACUGUUCUUGGUCAAGGCGCGCAUGCAAGCCUACAGCCCCUUUAUCAAGAUCGGCAAGAGCAGCUACCACUACAGCAGCACGUUCGACGGUCUGCGCAGCAUCGUUCGGACCGACGGCUUUAGAGGUCUGGCACGGGGCAUGGACGCGGCGAUUCUGAGGACAGCGAUGGGAAGCUCAGUCCAGUUGCCGUCCUACACCUACGCAAAGUCUUACUUGGUCAAUCUCAAACCGGAGAAUACCUUCUCUUGGAAUCCCCUCUUGGUGCUUGCUGGUAGACCGGACUCCUUUUGGACUUACUUGGCAUCUUCCACAUUCAGCGGUCUUUGCGUUUGCGCAGUCAUGCAACCGGCAGAUACGGCCUUGUCCAGGGUGUACAACCAGCCCACAAUGAUUGACGCGCGCGGAAAGUCGGUCGGCACACUUUACAGAGGACCGCUGCAUUGCUUGUAUCUCACAGCCAAAACCGAGGGCCCGCUGGCGUGGUACAAGGGCACCACUGCGCACUUGGCGCGGAUCGCGCCUCACACUGUACUCACUUUGGUAGCAAACGAAGCCUAUCUGCGGUACUACACAAAUUGGAAGUCGGGCCGACCAAUUUUUGCAGCGCCAGAUGUUAGGAAAGCGUGAUGCGACUACUGGAAUACAUAGACAUCUUACAUC